GCAAAUCUAGAAGAUAACAAUCCAUAAAAAAAUUUAAAAUGUGAUAAUUCUUUAAUUUAUGCCAUCGACAAGCUCCAAAUUCACUCUGUCCAUUUCAAUUCCCAAAUUGACCUGAAAAACCCUCCUUUGCCCUAGCUAUGAAUUGUUAGUCCAUCACCAUCACUCUCCAAACCCCCCCUCUUUCUGGCAGGAAACUUCUCGCUGUUCCAACCUAAUUCCAAAUCCCCAAAUGUGAGAAAAAAAGGAAAAAAAAAAAAAAAAAGUGGCAGAGACAUUUCGUCGAACACCUUGACUGCCAGCGAUGCUAGGCGCCGUUCAGCUCGGACUGUUAGCCGCCUGCGUUGUUCUCUUCGUUCCGAUGGGUAUGGCUGGCUGGCACUUGAGCCGCAAUAAGAUGCUCUUCUUCAGCUGCGCCCUCUUCAUCACCCUCGCCGUCGGCGUGCAUAUCACGCCCUAUUUUCCUUCAAUUUCCGCUUUCCUCUCCGCUUCCGAGGUAAUAAUUCCCACGCCGGCUAUUUUGUAUCAUGAUUCCUGCUUGCUUUUGCUUCAUAGAGUUGUAUACAAAGAUGUUAGGGAAUGCGAUGUUGAUUCCAAUUUUGAUGAUACCGAAAGUGUUUGUAAGAGGUCGUGGGAUUGGAUUAAGAAUGAGUGUGAGUUUCAGAAGUUGAAGAGAUCCGAUGCGUCGGAUUUGUUGAACGGAUCGUGGGUGGUUGUUGCCGGGGACUCGCAGUCGAGAUUGAUGGCUGUUUCUUUGUUGGAGUUGAUUAUGGGAUCUGAGGGUGUGGAGAGGAUUAAAGGGGAUUUGUUCAAGAGGCACAGUGAUUACUCGGUGAUGGUGGAGGAGAUCGGGAUGCGAUUGGAUUUCGUUUGGGCUCCCUACGUUGCAAAUUUAACUCAAUUGACGUUGAGGUAUAAGGGAAGUAAAGAUUUCCCGGACAUUUUGAUGAUGGGGGCGGGCUUGUGGGAUAUGCUGCACGUGAACAAUGCGACGGAGUUUGGUGUGUCACUGCGGGUUCUGAGGGAUAAUGUGUUGGCCCUUUUGCCAGUUUCUUCGAGUUUGGAUGCUGGGGGUGGAGGGGUGAGCGAGCCUAAAGCCUCUCACUUGUUGCAUUUGUUUUGGGUUGGGAUGCCGACGUUGAUAACAUCGAUGUUGAACACUGCUGAAAAGAAGGAAAGGAUGACCACUGCAAUGUACACUUCUUAUGAUAACGAGCUUGCUGGAAGUAACCUCUUGCGCCAAUCAGGCGGCCCCCUUUUAAAACUUGAUAUUGGGUUGUUAAGUGAAUUUUGUGGCCCUCGCUGUACAUCUGAUGGAAUGCAUUAUGAUGAAGUAGCCUAUAAUACUGCCCUUCAAAUAAUGUUGAACGCAUUGCUCAUUGAAUCUAAUCAGAAACCCUAGUGAUGACGUUUUGUUCAAAAGAUUGAUCAUCAUGGAGAGGGAUAUAAGGUUCUUUAGGGAUUGCCAAUAUUUUUUGUAUUCUUGAGGUUGGUGUCCAAUAUCGCGCGCGCUGCAGUUGUGUUAGUUUCUCGGGAGAUUAUGUUAUUAACUUUUCCUUCAUUGAUCAAGUCCUGACAUCAAUCAGUUGCUGAAGUUUUAUGAUUAUGGCAUAGGUGGAGGUGGAUUUUCUUUCGCUUCUUUGUGUGGUAGACAGAUUAGUCGGAGAAAACGUCUAAUUUUGAUGUGAAGAAAUACAGGAUAUUGUAAUAGUUCAUAGACACAUGCUUUCAACCCUAUAAAGGUCGGUCAAGAUUUUCUUUCCAAUUUUUAGAUGUUCUAUUGUUGGAUAUACAUCCUGAAUUACCCACCCCUUUUCGUAUGUUUUCAUCUAAUGUGUUUUUCAUGUUUGUAUCUAGCUCUUGCUCACCUUCAAAGCUUGUAUGUGCUUUAUUUGGGAUAUUUUCAUAAAUGCAAUUUCAUUUUACUUCA